ACAGGCAGUGGAGGAAACAUGUCAUGAGAGGUGAUGACACAGCCACAGAGACAUAGCCACAUCCUCACUGACUCCCAAGUUCAUUACUCGCCACUGCUUCUGCUGCCGCUGCCGUUACUGCGUCCCAAAGAGGAGAGGGGGAGCCAAAGAUAGAUCUCCGUUCUCUCCCCACCUCUCUCUCUUCCUCUCUUUUUCACUUUGUUUGUGGAUGAUGGGAUGUUAAUCAUGUGGAAGACAGCUGAGCAGCUCUUCUGGAUUUCGCUGACGCUACGCCUGGUCCCGCCUGGCCUCCUCUAAGCAGGAUGGACACUCUGGAGUCAGAGCUAACCUGCCCAAUCUGCUUGGAGCUCUUUGAAGACCCACUUCUGCUUCCCUGCGCCCACAGCCUGUGCUUUGGCUGCGCCCACCGCAUCCUCAUCUCCCACUGUGCCACUAACGAAUCUGUUCAGAGCAUUGGCGCCUUCCAGUGCCCCACCUGUAGAUAUGUCAUUUCCCUGAGUCCGGAGCGUGGACUAGAGGGCCUUAAGAGAAACGUGACCUUGCAAAAUAUUAUUGACAGAGUUCAGCGGGCCUCAUCUUCAACUGGGCUCCCUUUACCGCUGCCUGCACCCCACAGCGGGCCCAACUCUCCCAUUGAGGAAGGGAGUAAUCGGUUGGCACUGGUUCCCAUUAGUGCUGCUAUGUCCAGCCCAGGCAUGCCUCCAGAACCGGUCCAAUGCCAGUUCUGUGAGCAGGACCCCCCACAGGAGGCUGUCAAAACAUGUGUGACAUGCGAGGUGUCGUAUUGUGAGGAAUGCCUCAGAGCGACGCAUCCUAACAAGAAGCCGUUCACUGGCCACCGGCUCAUUGAGCCCAUGUCAGACUCCCACCUCAGAGGGCUCCAGUGUCUGGAGCAUGAUGAAGAAAAGGUGAACAUGUACUGUGUCACUGAUGAUCAGCUGAUCUGCUCGCUGUGCAAACUGGUUGGAAGGCACAGGGACCACCAGGUGGCAGCACUGAGUGAACGCUAUGAAAAACUCAAGCAAGCCCUGGACUCCAACCUAAGUAGUCUGAUCAAGAGGAACAAUGAGCUGGAGUCGCUCAUGGGGAAACUGAUCCAGACUUGCCAACAUGUAGAGGUAAAUGCAUCCCGCCAGGAAGGCAAGCUCAUGGAGGAGUGUAAUGUCCUGAUUGACAUUAUUCAGCAGAGGAGGCAGGUCAUUGGCAAUAAGAUCAAGGAGGGGAAGGCACAAAGGCUUCGGAAGCUUGCCCAGCAGAUCUCCAGCUGCAAGCAGUGCAUUGAGAGGUCCUCGGCCCUCAUUACACAGGCUGAUCAGACUUUGAAAGAAACCGAUCACGCUCGCUUCCUGCAGACUGCCAAAAGCAUCAAUGAGAGGGUUUCCAUGGCAACCGCAUCAACCCAAGUGCUGAUCCCUGAGAUCCACCUUACGGACACUUUCGACACCUUCGCCCUGGACUUCACCAGAGAGAAGAAACUGCUGGAGAAUCUGGAUUACCUCACUGCUCCAAAUGCUCCGUGCAUAAGGGAAGAGUUGUGCACGGCUUCCUACGACACCAUCACUGUCCACUGGACGUCUGAUGAUGAAUUCACAGUGGUAUCCUAUGAGCUCCAGUAUUCCAUCUUCACUGGACAAUCUAAUAUUGCCAGUCUGUGCAACUCACUGGAGAGCUGGAUGAUUGUUCCCAACAUCAAGCAGAACCACUAUACAGUGCAUGGCUUGCAGAGCGGCACCAAAUACAUCUUUGUUGUCAAGGCCAUUAACCAAGCGGGAAGCAGAAGCAGUGAACCAGGGACUCUGAAGACUAACAGCCAGCCAUUCAAGCUGGACCCCAAAUCUGCUCACAAGAAGCUGAAGAUAUCCCAUGACAACCUGACAGUGGAGCGGGACGAAACCACAUCCAAGAAAGGCCACAGCCAAGACCGGUUCUCUGGUCAAAGCAGCUAUGGCGUGGUGGGAAAUGUCUUUAUUGACAGCGGGCGUCACUACUGGGAGGCUCUGAUUGGAGGGAGUACAUGGUAUGCUGUGGGCAUAGCCUACAAAUCAGCCCCCAAGCACGAAUGGAUCGGUAAGAACUCGGCCUCCUGGGUGCUCUGCCGCUGCAACAACUCCUGGGUGGUUCGACACAACAGCAAGGAGCUGGCCAUUGAGCCCUCACCCCAUCUGCGGCGCAUUGGGGUUCUACUGGACUACGACGCCGGGUACCUGACCUUCUACGAUGCCGUGGGCUCACAGCACUUGCACACAUUUCACGUUUCCUUUGUCCAACCUGUGUGUCCUGUGUUCAAUGUGUGGAAUAGGUGUCUGACUAUUCUCACUGGUUUACCUAUCCCUGACCAUCUAGAGGGGCUCGAAACCCACAACUGAAAGCUACAGACAGACAACUAUCAAUCAGCAUAUCUUUAAGCUGCACUGGGCAAGAUAUGUGAAAAUUCUCAUGGUUCAUAGAAAACAGAAGAGUUGUCGCAUCAUUUGAAAUUCAUAUACUGCAGACCUGCUCUAUCCAAUCAAAUCCAAUCAUAUUCUUGUCAUGCACACUUGUGCACCCAGAGGAUGGUAACAAAAUGAUGAAUGAAAUAUAAGCAGCAGUUAGUGAGGAAGCGUUUGACAUUUUGUUUUCUCAUUUGAUUUUCUUUGAUAUAUGCCAUCACAGACACACAGUUCUGGUAAAAUAAAAUAAGAAUGUGAAUAGCUAAAUGACAUCUGUUUUACAAACCAAAUAACUUAAACACUUGCUACUGUUUGUGCAAAGUUACUUAGUGCAUAUUUAGAAUGCAAAAAAUAAAUAAAGAAGAAAUCAUUGGGUUGUUAUUUUAUUGAGAUACCAAGUGCUUUUGAGUUAUGAUUUCAAAAGGCAAAUAUGAUAUUGGCUCACAUUCUGAUUCUAAAAGACUAAGUGAAACCUGACCCUAGACAGAUGACAGUAAACUGGAGUCAGUCCAGAGAAAACCAACACAAAUGGACUUUGUUGGGCCAGACAUUCCUACUCUAAGGUACUUUGGCAACAAGGAAAUAAUCCACAAAUCAAUUUCUAUUUUUUACACCAUCAUAUCAAAUAUGGAACUUUGAAAAUCCUAUAAACCACCAUACUUACAGUGCAGACACACAAAUGUGAGUUUUCUAAGUUCAACCCCUUCAUCCUAGCCUACUUCAUUAAAAAGGAACCAAAGUAGCCAUUACUGUUUAACUUAAAAUUUUAUGCUGUUAAUAAAUGCUGAAUUAUUUUUAAAAAGUGACAAAGAGGACACUGCAUUAUGUGAAUAUAAAAAGCCGAAUUGACUUAAAUGUAAACCUUGUUUUUUGCACAUUGUUCAUAUUGUUUUUGUUGUUUCGGCAAAACAAUCAUUUGGCUCUGGUGCAAUGUUUGUGCUAGUGCGCUAAUACUGCAGAAACAUUCAUAUGCUUUUAUGAGGGUCUUUCCAUUUUUGUCUUUUAAAAAUAUACAUUUUUACUGAGGUCUUAUUUAAUCAAAUCGACAUGUAACAUAUUGUUUACUUCUCUAUAAAAACACACCUCCUUCACUUUUUAUGCAACACAGCCAUGCACAGGGGUCUGUCCUUAGACCUGUUGCACAGUAAUGAUGUCAGUAGGGUGGCACCUCAGUCUUCACUUCAGUCAUUAACUCAAUCUUGAUUUGGAUUUUCCCAAAUUCCUUGCAAUUUUAAAAGAACAAAUUACAGUAAUGCUGCCAAUGAAUCUCUAGAAGGAAUUUAGUGAAUUCCAAAUCCUAUGAUUCUGAUGAUUUUAUUUUGUUUCAAUAUCGGUACAAAGUAGGGAGGAUAAAUAAAAAGUUUGAUUCUUUGCCUUGCUGGCAGCAACACUGAACUGUAUGUUCCAUAUUAUAUGAUACAAAUACAUAUUGCCUAAUUUAAUGUGUUCAUUGAACUUCAUGACUAUGGUGUUAUAUGUUGCUUCUCUGUAGACAUUUUUAUGAAAAACAGGAUUUGAGUGUUUGCCUGACUAUCAUCUGAGAGAAGCCUAUGACGGGGUAAAAAAUAAA